AUGGUUUCAUUCUGGCCAUGGGGGAAGGAUGAUUCCUCUCCGGCUUCCUUUGAGAAAGCCCUUUCCGCUCUUGCUGCCAAGAUCACGACCACCCAAACGCAGCUCGACCAGACUCGGGCGAAAUCCAGACGGGUCAGGGUUCUAAGCACGCUAUAUCUGGGGUUUGCAUACUUGGUUUAUGGAAUUGUCUUGAUUCUGGUGGUGGGAUGGAAGAAUAUGGGACCUUGGGAAUGGACAGGCAUGGCGGGAGGCCCGAUCGUCAUCACGGCAGUCCGCACCACCACCACCGCCCUCUUCGAAUACCGCAUUGAGCAACUCAACGCGCGGCUCAAAGAGUACCAAGCAGAGCGAGCCAAGACUAUCCAGAAGCUGAAGGAUGCAACCAAGUACGAUUCGACCCUUGAAUUGCUGGAGAAAUACGGCGGGGUCGAGAACAAGCAGAAGAAGGAGGGAAAGGCGACCGAGGAAAGCGGCGACGCGGGUCAAAAAGAGGGAAGAGGCAAGGCGAAACACCAAGGAUUGCCGCAACGUACAAACAUGCCACCACCGCCCACUGCGAACAUCCAGCGACCAGCUGUACCCGGCCCCAGCACGCCCCAGCCCAGGCCACACAGCCGGCUAGGCGCACCGUCCCAGCCGGAACUAGCCCAGCUCGACAUGGACACAUCAGCCGAGUUUGCACCGAAUGCGUUUGACGGAAGGCCCCCACCCGCGUUGAUGCAAUAUCCGCCAGCGACCGUGGCUCCUCCGGCCGAGUCGCACUGGUACGACCGCAUCCUCGAUACUUUGCUGGGCGAGGACGAGACAGCAGCCAAAAAUCGAAUUGUCUUGAUCUGCUCGAACUGCCGCCUCGUUAACGGGCAAGCGCCACCCGGGACCAAGUCAUUGUCUGAGCUGGGGAUGUGGAAGUGCAUGGCUUGCGGCGCUCCGAACGGGGAGAUGGACGAGGGCAAGCGAAUUGUGCGGGAGGUGUUAGGAGCACGCGCCGCAGAGGUCAAGGCUGAGUCAGCAGACGAUGAUGCGAGUAGAAGCUCAAGCGACCUUGUUGAGGUGGAGAAGGAUACGCUCGAAGCCAAACCAGAGAAGAGUUCGGGCGCCGAAGGACCAAGGAAACGGAAAGGACAAGGGGCUCAAUAAUCGCACCCGUUCGUUGUUCACUCACUCGUUUUCUUUCUUUCUUUGUCUGUUUGUUGUCUGUAUGUCUUUGGGACCACAAGAAACACUUUUGCUUUGCCACG